GCAGUUUAGCAAUCGACCACUAUGUCCACACCCGGCACCCCCGCUCACAACUCAGAAUCGCCCGCACCAGGACCCGCAAAUCGUUAUGCUCCUACUCCUGUAGAAAGGCAGCGCUUACAGCUAGAUCGGCUUCUUAAGGACCCAGCCAAGCCUGUACACAUACCCCCUCCACCUAAGGAGAAGUCCGUCAGGGCGGCACGGGAAAUGAUGAAGAACGUACAGGGUUCCAGUGCUGGUGCUGGAAGCGGGGAAUUCCAUGUAUAUAAAGCCAGUAGACGAAGAGAGUACGAACGAUUGAAGUUAAUGGAGGAAGAGGCGAAGAAGGAAGCAGAAACGCAUGAAUUUGAACGAAAACGACGCGAAGCAGAGGAGCUAGCGGACGGUAAAACAGCGAAGAACCGUGCAAAAAGACAAAAGAAAAAAGAAAGAUCGAAGACAAAAUCUCAGCCAGGCUCUGAAGCAAUGGAGGAAAAGGGUGGCCCAAAUAGCGCACCUCUGAAGAAAAGAAGGCUGCUCAAUGGCAAGGAACUUGUGUUCAAGCAACCUGGCCAGGAAAGUGAUGAGGAAAGUGAGGCAGACAGUGAUGCUGGCGAAGAGCAUAAGCAUACAGGGAUGCACGUAUCAGGUGACGUUGACCAGAAUGUUGCGGCAGCUGUCCCAGUGGUCGAAAGUAGGAUUGUUAUUCACGAGGAUGACUAAAUGCUGUAAAGUUUUCAUUUUCAAAUGCUCACCGUUCUGGUAGAUUUGGAGUAAGUAUGAAGGUAAAGCUGGCCGUAUAUUCUCUGUCAUGGUUUACUCUGUGGUACAGGUACAGUAGUAUCUGCAGAAUUUUUCGUGUCGCUUAACUAAAAGUGCGUUUUGAGC